CCGACUAGUCGGGUUCAACAACUUCAACAAUCACCAAACAACUCGAAGGUGUAAGUUGUCUUCUGACUUCCUCCGUGUGAGAGGGAAAAAACUCGUCCCCAAACGCAAAAUGGACGACAAAAGGCGUCACAAGAAAGAGAAGGAUAGACUACCAAUUUCACAACGCGCUGCACAUGGAGUAGGACACGUCCUAAAUGAUCUCGCCGCAAAUAUAUGGUUUAGCUACCUUAUAAUCUUCCUUACCAAAGUAGUAGAGCUCUCAAAUCGCCACACGGGGCUUGUAAUCCUACUUGGCCAAAUCGCCGACGGGAUAUUCACGCCAUUUAUUGGGAUAAUCUGCGAUMGGACUGUAUGCCGUUAUGGCCGUAGAAAAAUAUGGCAUCUGAUUGGUACGAUACUUGUUACCGUAACAUUCCCACUGUUGUUGAUCCAUGUACUYAAGCAAGAAAGCAAUGAUGUUGUCAAGGUGGYAUAUUAUGUUGGUGUUGCUGCUGUGUUUCAGUUUGGAUGGGGGUGCGUUCAAAUAAGCCAUCUCUCGCUGAUACCAGAAAUAUCCCGUCGAAAAAACGAACGAGUUGAGCUCAAUGCCAUAAGGUCAGCGGUGACGUUCCUAUGUGGUAUCUAUGCCUACGGUGCUACAUGGAUACUGCUAGGACAGAGCAGUGAAUACAAAAUAACACCAAACGUAUGGAAGGAAUUCAUGUACCUGUCCUUUAUAAUAGUAGUAACUGGCAAUAUAUGUAACAUCAUAUUCCAUGUGGUUAUCAAGGAACCRCUAUCACGGUCUUAUUUGGAACGUUGUCGAAAAUCCGCAACGGUUGAAUCGACGAAUAAAUCAGGCAGUGUCUUACCUGAGACUCCAAACGUGUGUAAUGGGAAUGUCUUCACAAACCACGCACUGGAUGAUAAAACUUCAGCAGACAAACAAGAAUUGGACAUGCAGAUCUUACCCCAGCACAAUGGGUCUCCUAAUGUGGCUACAAAAGAAUGCAUGACCAUUGAAACGAAUGAUGGCGUGAGGGACGUUGAAGAUGACAACGUGACAAACAACAAUUGUUCCGUUACACGGAAUGAUGCUCUAGAAAUAGUUGAUAGAAGCACUUCACCAUGCCUGUUGCCCAAAUCCCGCUUGGAUUGGCUGAAGAGCCCUGCUAUUUACAAGACUGCUGUAGUCUACAUGUGCACUCGACUCGUUAUCAACGUAUCACAGUCGUAUCUUCCUCUUUACCUUACAGAAACGCUCAACUUUGAAAAGGAGGCYAUUGCUUACUUUCCAUUGGUAGCUCUUGUAAGCGGUGUCUUGGCAAGUUUGCUGGUUAAACCUCUUAGUAAAAGACUUGGACAAAAGAUAACUUACAUCRUUGGGGGAACUAUGGCCAUUGGCGCAUGCGUGUGGUUUUAUUUCCAGUCUGUGGACAUGCGCAAUKCUGUGUAUGCUGCUACAGUUCUUAUGGGCAGCGGUGGUUCGGUCAUGCUGGUGACGUCAUUGUCGAUGAUUGCAGACCUUGUUGGUAAUGACAAGGAAUGUGGAGCUUUUGUUUAUGGAGCCAUUAGCUUUACUGACAAAGUGUCUAGCGGUGUUGUCAUAGCAAUCAUCCAAGAGCUUAACCCUCGUGAUCAUCAGGUUGAAGCAUGUUUGCAGUGCAACAAGUAUGUUCGUCAUGUACAAAGCAUUGCUCCCGGAGUUGCAGCUGUGGUUGGCUUGUUGACGGUCAUAGUAUUUUUUAACUCCAAAUUCAUUUGUAAGCUUAAAGUCGACCACUGCGACGCCAGUGUACAAGUCGGCAGCAUGCACCAAACGUGGUCAGAAAAAGUCGACGGUACGGAAAAUCUUACMAUAUCAAGUAAAGAGGACUGUUUGCGUUCUACAACUACAACAGACUGUAUCUGCAUUGCACAAGUACAUCGUUAUGACGUGAAAGUAGAUGUAGACACAGACACAAGGUUUUAACGAUGCCUGUGUGCGUCAAAUAUGGUUAUCGCGUAGAGCUGAAGUAUYUGUUUUCAAAAGCAUUAUUUAACAGUUCCAAACAAACUAUUAAGGUAGAUAAUUUUUAUCAUUAAUGUAUCGGAUUCAAUUAGUAGAAUAUUUCUAGCUCAAUUCUAUUUUAGAAAUGUUGAAUUAACCAACAAUAUUUGUUAAAAUUGUCGACGAAUUUUUGUAAAUAUUUGGCAUAAAUACAUAUUUAUUGUAUACAAAAGCUCAUUGACGUCAUCAUUGACGUCAUCAUUUCAUCAUCAGCACAAUUAUGACGUCAUUCAUUGAGCAUAACGUCAUAGAUAGUAAUAAAAAAUAGAAAUCAAAUAAAAAUGCAAGGAUUUUUUAUAUGAAGCAAUGGAGGCUGUGACUUGUGUGGUGUCAU